UGGACACCCCAUUCCUAAGGUUGAAUUCACUGAAGAGGAGAUUAAGACCUGGGGAACUGUGUUCCGAGAGCUCAACAAACUCUAUCCAACCCAUGCUUGCAGAGAGUAUCUCAGAAACUUACCUUUGCUUUCUAAACAUUGUGGGUAUCGGGAAGAUAAUAUCCCACAAUUGGAAGAUGUCUCAAACUUUUUAAAAGAGCGCACAGGUUUUUCCAUCCGUCCUGUGGCUGGUUACCUAUCACCAAGAGAUUUCUUAUCAGGUUUAGCCUUUCGAGUUUUUCACUGCACUCAGUAUGUGAGACACAGUUCAGAUCCCCUCUAUACCCCAGAGCCAGAUACCUGCCAUGAACUCUUAGGUCAUGUUCCUCUUUUGGCUGAACCUAGUUUUGCUCAGUUCUCCCAAGAAAUUGGUCUGGCUUCUCUUGGCGCUUCAGAGGAGGCUGUUCAAAAACUGGCAACGUGCUACUUUUUCACUGUGGAGUUUGGUCUGUGUAAACAAGAUGGGCACCUGAGAGUCUUUGGCGCUGGCUUACUUUCUUCUAUCAGUGAACUCAAACAUGCACUUUCUGGACAAGCCAAAGUAAAGCCGUUUGAUCCCAAGAUUACCUGCAAACAGGAAUGUCUCAUCACAACUUUUCAGGAUGUCUACUUUGUAUCUGAAAGCUUUGAAGAUGCAAAGGAGAAGAUGAGAGAAUUUACCAAAACAAUUAAGCGCCCAUUUGGAGUGAAGUAUAAUCCAUAUACACGGAGUAUUCAGAUCCUGAAAGACACCAAGAGCAUUACCAGCGCCAUGAAUGAGCUGCGACAUGAUCUUGAUGUUGUCAGUGAUGCCCUUGCUCAAGUCAGCAGGCAACUGAGUAUCUGACAUUUGCCAGCCCUAAUCCAGAAAGCACUUGAGAAUUAAUUCAGAGGCCUGUAGGCCAACUCUUGCUUUUCUUGAAGACCUGACUGUGGAGGGACAGCAGCUUCUGGCCAAAUUAUAUUCUCUAAUCCUACUCCUUAAUGAACUACCAGUCUGGAAAUUUGCACCUG